UUUAUACAUCGUGACAUACAGAGAACGAUUGAACAACCACAGGGAUGUAAAAUUCUGAUGAUUUUUGCAUUUUUUCUUUUUUGAAAAAUUUGGCAGAGAAAUGCUGUAAGGAAAGAGAGAGAGAAAGCUUCGGCUACACAUCCCGAAUGACUCCCGUACAGAACCAUGGGCAUUGUGGUGACCAGAGCUGAUAAAUGUCCUUUAGUUCGCUCUACUGGUUUGCGAGACUCUCUGCAGGUUCGAAAUAACGCCUCCUGCAGGGAGAUGAAUGGCACAGUCAGAAUAUCUCAAAAUAAUAUUAUUGAAUCAUCUCAGACCAACACUGAAGAGCUUUUGAUUCCUGCUUUUCCAGAAAAAACAAUUAUAGAAAGGGGUUACGUGACCCCACAGCAAGUAUACAAUCUCCUCAAUGCUGAAGCCGGACAACCCUCACUUCACGAUGCAUAUUAUAUACUUAUACUGGACUGCCGAUCAGCAGAGAGAUAUAAGCAGAGUCAUCUGGUAACUGCCCGCGCCAGUGUGACUGUGAUUCAUCCUGAACUGGGCUGUUUGAUAAGUUGUGUUCAGCUUCAAGAGUUCUCCAUUAUACUGCUGUAUGCUGAAGAAGGCCAAAGCCCAGUUGGCAGCCAGGAGGCGCGUGCCGACUCUCCCACUCUUCAGCAGUGUUUCUUCCAUCUGAGUGCCCUUGGAAUGGACCCAGUAAUCCUCCAUGGAGGCUAUUCUGCUUUCCACUCUCUCUAUCCCUUUCUGUGCAACCCCCGGAUGGUCCUACUGGAGUCAGAGCGUCACUCCCUCACCAUCUAUCCCUCUGAAAUCUUGGAGGGUGCACUGUACCAAGGCUCUGCCUCACAGGCACAUGAUUACCGCAUCAUCAAAAACCUCUACAUCACACACGUGGUCAAUGCUACCGCUGAAAUCUCUGAUGCUUUCCCAAAUAUAUUACACUACCUUAGGCUACGGCUAAGUGACGACGCACAGCAGAAUGUGAGACAGGCCUUUCGAGAAGCUUCAAAGUUUAUUGCUGAAGCCUUGCGGGGGGCACCGGGUUCACCCGGUGGCCGUGUGCUGGUGCACUGCAGCCUCGGCCGGAGCAGGAGCUCGGUGCUGACGUUAGGGUUCCUCAUGGAGCAGCAUCGUUGGUCUCUGCUGCACGCUUUCCGCUGGCUGAAGGAGAGAAGGGCUUGCGCGGCCCCAAAUGCCGGGUUUCUUCGGCAACUCUCUGACUACGAGGAACAGCUGUUUGGUCAACGCCUCACCUCGCUGGAUGACAUCUGUCUUUAAGUUUUGA